AUGGCGCAUAGCCUGGCAGAGUUGGAGGUUCCCCUGGACACUGACCAAGCUGGGGACCAAGGGAAAGGUGUUUUGAGGCGCUGCAGAGGACGACCCAGGCUCACAGACACCGACCGAGCUCAGAGGCGACUUGAAUCCCGAAAGAAGUACGAUGUGAGGAGGGUGUACCUGGGAGAGUCGCACAAGCUGUGGAGUGAGCUCCGCAGACGGACCAGCCUGAGUGAUGCUGGACUGGCAGAGUACCUGAUCCUGCUCAACUCCACAUAUGGAGAAAAAUACCAGCAGAAAUACUGCGGGAAGAAGAUUGCCCCUGAAGUCUCAGCAAAGCAGAAAAAAGGCAGGAGGGACCGUGUGUCCAGCCUCCAGAGCCUCGUGUGUUGGUACCAGGAGCACUCGCGCUCCUGCCCUCACGAGCCACAGCUCAAGGCCCUGGAGCCCCAGCCCAACUUCUCCACCGCUGCUAUCUGGCAGUGUGACUCCAACCACUCAUUUGUGCAAUACCUUUUCUCGCCACUGAGGGAGGCAAGUGACUCUGAACAGGAGGACGGAGUGAACGGAGAGGAGAAUGCUGCAAAUACAGACUUGCUGGUGGCUAAAGGCGAAGCGAGCAGGAGGAGAAGAAAAGAGGCUCACAAACAAUUCAAAGACGUGGGAGAAAAUGUGGAUGUUUCUGAGGUACAACAUACAACCAUGAGCCCGAUCGAAGAGGCCGCAGCUCUAAACCACCAACCCAGUAUAGAGGCUUCUUCCAAGGACGUCCCACUGACAGGGCAGCCCGUGUGGGAGAUGGAGAUGGUCAUGGAGCGACAGCAGGGCUCCCCUGCUGCGGCGUUUCACUCCAUCCCCUCAGAAGAGGAGGCUGAGGAUCUGAGGCGAGGCGGAGACGAAGGGGAAGGAGGAGGAGAGAGACUCGGAGAAGAAGAAAUCAGGACUUUACCACAUGGUUACGAUUGCGUUACCGUGGCGGCAUCCUUAGCCGAUAAACUGGAGAAGACGGAUGAGGACUCGGUGCUGUCACAGAGCUUGAGUGGCUCCGUCCAACUGGGCGCUCAGCCGCAGCUGUCGGUCCCCCCACCCAUACACGUACAAGAGCAGGGUGAGCUGUUUGACCCUCAGACUCUGCAGACGGUAGUGACCAGCUGUGAGAUCCCUGACCAGAGGACGGCGUUGGAAGGCUCGCAGUUAAUCAUCAUUACCGGCCCCAGCUAUGAGGCCCUGGCGUCAGAGGGCAUCCAGCUCAAUAUGGGCGGCGGAAACGUGGAGGAAGUCACCUGCACUGUCAUCGGGGGCGUCACCUACAACCAGGUGUGCUCGUGUGACUCAAAAAUCAGAACAGCAGAGGAUGAAGACUCCAUGACAGGGUUGAGUGACAAACAGCUGCUGCAGCCCACUGUUGACGCUCUGGAGCUGAGUGGUGACAGAGAACUGCAGAGGAGUCUGAGCAGUCUACUCCACACUGUCUGUUUUCGCAGCGUCAGGUCAAAGAGGAACAGACGAGGCCCAGUCAUUGAGGCCGAUGGGAUGCUCAAGAUGUUCCACUGUCCAUACGAGGGCUGCAGUCAAGUCUACGUAGCUAUUAGCAGCUUUCAGAAUCACGUGAACCUAGUUCACAGGAAAGGGAGGACCAAGGUUUGUCCCCAUCCAGGCUGCGGUAAAAAGUUCUACCUGUCGAACCACCUGCAUCGCCAUAUGAUCAUCCAUUCAGGGGUAAGAGAUUUCAUCUGUGAGACAUGUGGAAAAUCAUUUAAGCGUAAGAAUCACCUGGAGGUUCACAGGCGGACCCACACAGGAGAAACACCGCUCCAAUGUGAAAUUUGUGGCUACCAGUGUCGCCAGCGUGCAUCCCUGAACUGGCACAUGAAGAAGCACACUCCAGAGGCCCACUACAACUUCACCUGUGAGUUCUGCGACAAGAGGUUUGAGAAGCUGGACAGUGUUAAAUUCCACAAGCUAAAGAGCCACCCAGACAAGCAGGCAACCUGAGGCACUCCAGCGCUGCUGAUAGGAGCUAAACAGGUCGGCCUUCGAAAACCAAAGGAAGACUUCCAGUGAAGAGAAACAAUUUCCUUUGCUUCUCAUGUCCAGGAUGAUGUGAGCAUCACCUGUGAAAACACAAGCAGUAGGUAAAUGCAAAGUGAGCCUCUCUAACAGCUGUGCAGGACACAGCAGGAAAGAAAAGCUUAAUCCACUGUUGAUUAAUGAUGUCCAACUGACCAUUCACUGGACCCCUUUCCCUAAACAGUGAUCACCCAGUCCUAGUUAAACAACCAUAACUAGGCUCAGCAGCUAUGUCAAGCAUUGGAUUUUUUUUUUUACCCUUUCAAAAACCAAAAUCACAAGAGCAAAAGUGUAAGGAAUGCAUUCAAUUAUGUGUUUUUCUGUUUUAACGUAAGCUACAAGAGUUAGCAUGGCUGGCUAACUAGCUUACUAUCUACAAUAGUGGCCCGUUGUUGUUUACAAGGGCAGCAACAUUUCACUACUACAUUAUUGUGGGGUUACAGGUUACAGGUUACAAGUUAAAAAAAGCUCCAUUCACAACCAGCACAACCCCUGUUUAAACUUCCCCCACUGUUUGGGAGUUGAUCCAGGAUGCUCUCAAAGUUGGGCUAAUGUUAGCGGCGCUGUCCUGCUAACAAAAGUUUACAUUACAUUCCAGCAACUGUAGCCAAUCAUAACUGAGAUGGUGAUAUGUUCUCUAAACACCUUGGUUAAUCCUCGUCAGAAAAGCCGUUUCUCUCUAUAAUAUUAAAAGUAAAACAUGGUGUUUCAAAGUAUAAUAAAAAUGUAGCCUCUGUCUUGCUUGUCUGAGUGUGUAAGCUAAGCAGCUAACGUUGCGUUAGGAAAAAAUAACAGUCUAAUGGUACAUUUUUCCUUAUUAUACUUUAAAUACUAGGAGCUUUUAACUGCAAUAUAAGAACAAUGCUGUUUCUUUAUUACCGUGUCUUCCACGUGGAUCAUCAGCUGAUGAGGAUACUGACUUUUUGCCUGAGACUUGCAGCUUUAGCCUCGGUCCUUUCAUGUAUGUUAGCCACCAAGUUCAAAUGACCCUUUUUACAGCUUUCUUGUGUUAAAAUGAGUCAGUUUGAAGCGUCACAAAGUCGACUGGGAGACGGCGUUUUCAGCAGCUCAUGGAGCUUAUGUCACCUAGCUUAAUUAGCUAGUUCGUUUGAGCUGAUAAAAUCAACGGCUGUCAGCUAGGAUGAGAAGCUUGCUUUUUUUUCUACCUCUGUCUGAAAUCAACAAUCCACAAAAAAAUGUUCUGAUAUUACUACACAUUUCGAGCGGUAAAUCUGUCACCACUACCAUGGUAAAGAGUAUAUAUACCUAACA